CAUCAUUGCAUCUGUACAUAUAUAAUUGAUCAAUAUAGUAAUAAUAAAAUGAAUUGUAUUCAAGCAAUCAAAGUGAUAACAAAAUGGAUAUCAGUGUAUACGUUAUUUUAUGUUGCCUUGUGCUAGUUAGAGAUGCGUCUGGCUCGUGUGGGGCAUUGACAAUUAUGAAGCCAACAUUUGUGAACAGAAAGGUCACUUUAAAACUUAUCCCUCAUAACCAAUGGAUCACAGACAUUGUCUGGAAGUAUACUCCGGGGUUAGAUGAAGCAAGAAAAUAUGCAGUUGGAGAGCUGAAGAUGCGUUUUCAACAAACUGUUCAGGAUGGGUCACACUAUCAUACUAUGCAUUUCUAUGCGGAUAAAUCUCGCAAUAAUUCACAAUUUCAUGUUCAAUGUAGCAAUCUAAAUGAUGUCACAAGAUCAAACACCAUAAAGAUACACUUACAUGAAAUCAGACAAAACUGUGGCAAUCUGGUGCUACUUUCCUCGGAAAUAAAAUAUGGAACAAAUGUUGAAAUCGCUUAUUACCCUUCUGAUGCAUCGGUCGAAGAAAAUCUUUUGCAUAAUGCACGUACAUGGUUAAAAGGGUUAGGACAGCCCGUGUAUCUUCAAAACAACACUUUUGAAGAGAAGAAAAUAUCUGAUCAAUUGUACACUCUAAACAUACACAAUUUUAUGGAAAAGGAAGCUGGACGUUACGCUUUGCAAUGCGGACAUACAUUUGCAAACACUACAAACCAAUUAGACAUACAUGUGACAGUGCACACUCAACCCUUGAACUUUUCCCUCGAUAAAGUACAGAAUAGUUCACCGUAUUUUGAUUCCACGACAAGCGAAACGGAUCUAAAAGGCGACUACAGUACACGGCCGUUCAAGUUUUCGUUGGAGCUAAUUUUGAUAGGAAUAGGAGCAUUUGCUGUUCUAUGUAUUUUCGUUGCGUCAGCAAGAACACUGGUACAGUGGCUUAAAGGUAGAAGCAGAACCAGGGAUCCGGGCAAAACAGAAGUCACAUCACCAGCGAUCGAUUCUUCUCCCUCUCUUGAUACAAAUGUGUAUGUGGACAUGUCUGAGACAUCAAUGCAUAUGAAUGCCUCUCACGAUUUGGAGGACGAUCAUGUUGAAAUGAAGACACGUUAUGACUCCAUGGCCCGGAAGCCAAUUACACCUAUUGAGUCCACGCAUGGGGAAAGCAGUCUGAUCUACGCGGAUCUGGACAUUGACCAUCUACAACAAGGCUGUGCUGGUCCGAUACCUGUCCCACGACCAACCUUAGGAAAAGUAGCAACGGUGUAUGAAGAUAUUGACUUUUCUAACGUAAACCCGCUGUGUAGAAACGCGUAAAUUGUGUAAUGUCAACAGCAAAACGGGAUGACAACAUUGUUUAGGUGUAAGCUGUGUUAUGAUUGUUGUAAACCAGGAUGCAUUUUUGAAUAUAUAAACGCGUAAAUAACGUAUUGAACGUUGCAAAACAAUCGGACUAAAUUAAUUUUGUAUAAACAGAGCUGAAUGUGUAAUAACUGAUGCAAAACAGGAUGACAACAUACCUUAUAAUUGAAACUCGUAAACUGUGUCAUGUUUUGUGCAAAACAAGCUUGACUACAUAUCCUACAUGUAAAGAGCGUAGAUUGUGCUAUGACAUUUGCAAAAUUGAAGACUACAUAGCCUAAUUGUGAAAUGCGUAAACAGUGAAAAAGCUGUUUAAACUCUUAUCCUGUAGAACAGAAUGACUUCAUUGCUUAUAUGUAAAUAGCGUAGAAUGUGUAAUGACUGUUAUAAAACAGGAUGUAUACACAGCCUAUAUCCGACACACGUAUACUGUGUAAUGUGUUGUGCCAAACAAGAUGACCAAAUUGCUUCUAUGUGAUGUUUAAUGGCAAUUUCGAGAAGGUUGACAACUUUGCUUAUACGUGAACACGUAGACAUUGUAUUGAUUGUUGCAAAACAGGACGACUUCAUUGCUUUUUUGUAUAUAGCAUAGACUGUGUAAUGCCUGUUGUGCAACAAUAUGACAACACUCAUUAUGCGUGAAACGCGUAGACUGUGUAAUAAAUAUUGCAAAA